AUGACGUAUUAUCUAAUGACCACAUUAAGUGAUCAGUGGAAAUUAAAAUAUCGAGAGAAAGACUUCGUUCCCAGUGCAGUGAUCAUGGUUGAGCUCCCUGUCAUUGCCCCGUUGGCCGAGCCUAUAACACUCAAGCUCUCGGGAAAGGUGAUCAAAAAUCGCCUGUAUCGUACGCCUUUAAGUGAAUAUGCUUCGGCUUAUGAUGAAAAUGACCUGGAAAACUCUGGAAAGCCGCUUCCAAGAUAUACUGAAUUAUACCAGGAACUAGCCGACGGUGGCGCUGGUCUGAUCUGUUUCGGCAACAUUCCCAUCCAUCGGGACAACUUAGAAAACUAUAACAACGCAGUCCUCGAUAUCAACAACCCAUGGAACCCCGUUGAAGCGUUCGCACCUGCCAUAAAGGCUGCCAAAUCUCGAGGCGCAAUAUGUCUUCCUCAAUUACAAUUUCCCGGUCGACAAACCCCUGAAUUUCUGAACAAAAACCCAAAAUCAGCUUCGGCGGAGCAGUUACAUCCUUGCUUCAAUAAAACCUAUGGUAAACCAACACCUCUCACAAGGGAUGAAAUCCGUGAUCUAAUCCGGCGUCAUGGGUACAUCAUGAGCCAGUUCUUGUCUCCUAAAACAAAUAAGAGAAUGGACGAGUACGGAGGGUGCCUAGAAAAUCGCGCGAGGUUUCUCCUGGAUAUUGUCAACGCCAUAAAAUCUGAGUUGCCCUCUGAUCGCUUUGCCGAACAAUGUGUCGUCAUCAAAUGGCUCGAAGAUGCCGGUGUAGACUUUUUCGACAUCUCUGGUGGUACUUAUGAAUCCCCAGCAUGGAGAGGAAAUAUGGUACAGCUAGCAGAGAGAUCCUCACAAAAGCAACGUGGAAGCUAUUUCGUUGAGUGGGCUCAGGAGAUGAAGAAAGUACUGUCACGUGCUAUUAUUGGUACGUCAGGCGGAUGGCGCGACAGCUAUCGCAUGGCCGAGGCCGUUGGCAAAUGCAAUAUAGAUAUGUGCGGUUUAGGGAGGCCAUUGCGAGAGGACCCAGAUUUUGUCAACAAAAUAUUGCGCGGCGAGGAAAGAUUGAGCCGGCUGUAG